UGUAACUUGAUGAAACUAUUCCGUUAAACAUCCAAGUGACGUCCUUUACCGGUUGGCUGCCACUGUUGUUUAGCAUUAGCAGUGACUACAACAUGGCUUCUGUCGAGUACGACACGAAAACCGUGGAGAAUUUAGAACUUCAAGAGCUGGAGUCACCUUGUGGAAUUGCUACUCCACAGCUCUACACACGGUUAUUAGGAGUCUAUCUUCUUAGGAAUGAUCUGUGUAAUGCCAAAUUUUUAUGGAAAAGAAUCCCUCCGUCAAUCAAAUCAAGUCAUCCAGAACUUGGUCAUAUGUGGUUAGUAGGACAAAAGAUGUGGCAGCGAGAUUUUCCUGGCAUCUAUGAAGUUUUAAAGAGAGACUGGCCGGAACACUUGAGAGCCACUAUGGAUGCUAUUUAUGAAAUCACACGUAGAAGAGCAAUUAAGUUAGUGUCCAAAGCAUAUUCUUCGAUCAAUAUCGACACUUUUGCAGCUCUUGCUAAUGUAACUGUUUCAGAAGUACCGGACGUGACUAAAAAAGAAGGUUGGGAAACUGAUCAGAAAAGCAAGAUGGUGUUGCCGAAAAAACCAGACUUACCUCCUGAACCUUGUCUCCCUAAUGAAGAGCAUCUAUCUAUCUUGACUGAUUAUGUCUCUUAUUUAGAGAACUGAACCAACAUAACAUGUGUACCUAUCGGAAGGCAAUUGGCUUGGUGUGUGUUGUUCUCUGUUGAUGUUGGCAGUGGAAAUCUCCAUGAAGUCUAGCUGCUUCACAAAGCCAGAGCAGUGGUAAAGGAUACACAACAAUGGAGAUGAGAGCUGAUAGUAACAAGGCACAGCUUAUAGAAUUACAUUUAUCUUAUCAGUUGCUUGUUACUUUAUUGAAAUUCCUAUGUUUGCUUGUGUGUGUGUGUGGUUAUUGCCACCAUCACCACCACUACUGGAAG